AUGGUCAAAAACUUCGGUCUUUUACAAACAUUGAAAAACCUUGGGAAGCAAAAAUUGAGCAGAAUGUCCACUUCUACGGGCACCAAAGUCAAACAGCCUUCGUGGUUGAAACCUCAGAAAAAUGAUGUAGAGGCUGUUUUGAAGCUUUACAACAGCUUGACCAGAAACAAAGAAGAGUUUAUUCCAAGAUCUGGAGGGAAAACUGUAUCAUGGUACUCGUGCGGUCCUACGGUCUACGAUUCUACACACAUGGGCCAUGCAAGAAACUACGUUUCUAUUGAUAUUAACAGGCGUCUUUUACAAGACUAUUUCGGCUAUAACGUUCAAUUUGUUCAAAACGUCACAGACAUUGACGAUAAAAUUAUUCUUCGUGCACGUCAGUCCUACCUGUUUGACAAAUUCGUAGCAGAAAACCCUGUUCCUGAUUCUGCUGUGCGUGAAAAAUGUCUGAAAGCUGCUGUUAAGUUCAUUUCGGAUAAUUUGAAUUCCGAAGUUACGUCAUUAAACCAGUUUGAAAAUUGGUUCAGGUCCCUUGAUAUUUCCAAAGAAAAGGAAGCCAAUCCCAAGUUUGGUAUGAACUCAUCAGCAGCCCAAUUGGCUGUGGAAGCCUUGAGUUCCAAGGAAGGAGAUGACGCAAAUCGUUUUUACGGAAAAAUCAAAGAUGUCCUCAUUCCAGUUCUAGAUCAAGAAUCUGGAAGUACUGUGAAUGACCCAGAAGUUUUCCGUGCGCUGCCUGCAUAUUGGGAAAGGCAGUUCAACAACGAUAUGUUGUCUUUGAACGUAUUACGGCCAUCUGUGACCACUAGGGUGUCUGAAUAUGUUCCCGAGAUUGUUGAGUUUGUGCUAAAGAUUAUAAAAAAUGGUUACGCAUAUGCAGCUAAGGAUGGGUCGGUUUACUUCGAUACCGGAGUAUUUGAUAAGUGUGAGAAUCAUGAGUACGCUAAGUGUCAGCCGUGGAAUAAAGGGCAGCUACUUUUAAUCAAUGACGCGGAAGGCUCCCUCAGUGACUUUUCAGGUUCCAAUGGCAAACGGUCUCCGAAUGAUUUUGCCCUUUGGAAGGCGUCAAAGCCAGGUGAGCCUGAAUGGGAUUCUCCGUGGGGCAAAGGUAGACCCGGGUGGCACAUUGAGUGUUCUGUGAUGGCCAGUGAUAUUCUUGGUUCUAAUAUCGAUAUUCACACUGGUGGUGUCGACUUGGCCUUCCCCCAUCACGAUAAUGAACUCGCUCAAUCUGAAGCUUGCUUUGAUAAUUACCAGUGGGUGAAUUAUUUUUUGCACACUGGACAUUUACAUAUCGAGGGACAGAAGAUGUCGAAGAGCUUGAAAAAUUUCAUUACUGUUCGGGAAGCACUGGAAAAAUUCUCCCCCCGCUUACUUAGACUCACUUUCUGUUCUUCUCAAUGGAAUAAUCCUCUGGAUUUUAAAGAGAGCUUACUUACUGAGGUGAAAUCUUUUGAACAAACAUUGACCAAUUUCUUCCGAAAUGUUCGUGCUAUCAACGCAGACCUAGAGCAUAAAGAAGAAGCAGGACAGUAUGUCUCCAAGAAGCUAGGAUCCAAGGAAAAAAAUUUGUUAGAAGAUUUUGAACGUUACCAAGAUCAAAUUCACAGAGCGUUCUGCGACAAUUUGUCAACUCCUGUAGCUAUAAGAAACAUUGGUGAACUGGUUACCAGAUCUAAUUUCUAUAUCGCGAAUGUCGGUAGCGAUCUAAGAAUUGAGCCGCUGAUUGGCGUUGUACGUUACGUCACUAAGAUUCUUGGGAUUCUUGGCUUUUCUACGAGGCGCGAUGGAUUUGGAUGGGAAGAUGAUGGGAUUAAAUCCCAGUCUUCAUCCUUCAACCGUGAAGAUGUGCUAAUGCCUUACGUUAAGUGCUUGUCAAGUUUCCGUGACGAAGUUCGUCUUUUGGCUAUCAAUUCAGCGCCAAGUGCUGAUCUCCUUAAACUAACAGACAGAGUACGCGAUUACGAUAUUCUAAAUUUGAAUGUUUCGAUCGAUGAUAGAAGUGAUCAAGCGUCUUUGGUAAAGUUUCUAACACAGCAGGAGAAGGAAGAACUUCAGAAAAUUCUCGCAGAAAAGGAAGAAAGACAGAGGCAGAAGGAAGCCAAAAAACUUGAACAAGCGAGAGCAAGAGAGUUGAAAGAAGCCGAAAGAAGAGCGAAGGCAGAGGUCGCGCCUCAAGAAAUGUUUCGUGAUGCUGAAUUGUAUUCCGAGUGGGAUCAAGAUGGCCUACCUGUGAAAAACAAAGAUGGUUCUGAUGUGACUAAAUCUAUGUUGAAGAAACUGAAGAAACAGUUCGACCAGCAAAAAAAACUUCAUGAUGAAUAUUUCGGUUGA